AUGGAUGCCAGUUCCAGCACAGUGGUGGUUGUUACGGGCUUUGGUCCCUUCCGGCAGCAUCUUGUUAACUCCAGCUGGGAAGCAACAAAAGAGCUCUCCAAACUUGGCCUCGGUAAUGAUGUAGACCUGCACAUCAUUGAACUGCCAGUGGUUUACCAAAAAGCAAAAGAGAUUGUCUGUAAAGCAUGGUCAAGCUUUCAGCCCCAACUUAUGAUUCACAUUGGGCUGGCUCCUACCUCAAAAGCAACCAUAAUUCUGGAGCAGUGUGGAAAGAAUAAAGGCUACAAAGAAAUCGAUGUUUGCGGAUUUUGUCCAGAAGAUGGCUGUUGUGUCUUAGAGGGACCAGAAAGAAUCGAGUCUACAAUUAAUUUGAAGAGGGUCUGGAAAAGCAUUCAGAUGGAACAGAUGGAUGUCAUUUUUUCCAGAGAUGCAGGAAGGUACAUCUGCGAUUAUACCUAUUACAUUUCACUUUACCAUGGUAAUGGAAGAGCAGCGUUUAUCCACGUGCCUCCGUUAUCCAAGUGGGUAACAGCAGAAUUUCUAGGAAGAGCACUCCAAACAGUUAUCUUAGAAAUGUUAAAGCAAUGCAAAGGUAGAAGAUCUCUGGCCAGUCCUUUCUUCUCAAACCUCACUGGUUUAGAAAACAGAAAAAUGAUUCUCAAAAAGGCAAUUAAACCACCCAGAAUCCUUUGGGGAAAAAUAACUAACUACGGGAGAGGUGAAAAGAAGUUGGUGGGACUGAAGCUACACAAGCGAGAGAGAAAAGUACUACAAACAUAUCUUUAUCUCCAGUCACAUCUAGCAGUUAUAUUUUAA